UUACCCUUACUUCCACAGAUGCCGGUAUUGGUCUGCGAAAAUUUCGAUGUCAGUGGUGGUAUUGUGAACGGUAGUGAGGGCAUUGUGCAAAGUGUCCGUUAUACUGUGGAUGAAGACGGCGUGCGAACCGCUACAAGUUGUAUAGUGAACAUCGAAAACUCUUGUCCGGAGCCUUUCACUGAUCUCACCCCACACCAGUGUGUGAUACUACCGAAAUCAAUCAACAUCAAAGUUACCCACCCUUUUUCAGGCGAAACUGUUAGAGUCAAACGAUCCUGUCAAAAACCCGUCGGUUAUGGAAGAGGGGGGUAA